AUGUGCACAUACGGUUUCACGGAUUUUAGUAAUGGAUCUUCUGCAUUUGGGUCUAAUUCUAGCCAUCCAACUCCAUUACAAAGCACCACAUCUGGUUUCUCCAACAAUGCUGGUCCAUCAACUGAACCCACAGUGGGUUCUAUUACUCCAGCAAGCUCCUUUUCCGCUACCCUUCAUUGGGCAGUGGUGGUGGUACAGCAGUUGAUUCUUGGAAUGUUGUCGGGCUUUGUUUGGACUACUACUGAGCAGAAACCUACUUUCGGUGGUCGCUUUGGGUAUACUACUCCUAGUCAGCCAAGUCUAUUUGGUGGUAGCACUUCCCAACAAACCCAACCGGCAUUUAGAAUCAAUGCAUUGGGUUCAUCUGCUGUUUUUGGUGCACCAAAUCAGCCUUCAUACCGUAUUAUGGAUUCUUUCAGUGCUCCUGCAGCAUUCGGUGCUGCAACUACAUCACCCUUUGCUGCCCCUACAUCACCCUUUGGGUCUCAACCAACUUCGACAUUUGGGUCUAGAGGGGGAUUUGGCACUUCAGCAUUUGGUCUCACAGUCGGAACACCGCGCACUCUUUCUGGUCAACCUUCUAGUUUUGGAACGAGCUCUGCAUUUGGCCAAACAAAUUCAAGAUUUGGUGGCAGCCCUUUCAAUUCAACUCCGUUUUCCUUUGCACCCCAAACUUCUCCCUUCGGUACGCCGACUACAACACCCUCUCCAUUUAGUUUUCCGGCAGGUGCCUUUGGGCAGCCAGCUAGAGGAAGCAAAGUAGUGGCUUACGCUCCAACAGCUGAGACUGAGUGUACAAAUUUUAGUGGUGGUAAACAGACUUUUGAAAAUGGAAAACAUGUAUCGAUAUCAGCUAUGCCUGUUUAUAAAGAGAAAAGUCAUGAAGAACUGAGGUGGGAAGAUUACAAGUUGGGUUGUAAAGGUAACCCUCAUUUUGGUUCUACACCCUUCGCAACCUCAAAUAAGGCUGUAUCACCGAGUGGUUUUCAAAGUUCAGAAUUUCCUCGAUCUGGUGGUACUCAGAAUUCGGUAUUUGGACCGCCUUCUCAUCCUGUACUCACCUCCGGGCCUCAUAGAUUUGGUAAGGCUCGUUUUGUUAGAGAAACAUCAAUGGGAGACAACAAUGAUUCAUCGACAGGCAACAACAACACUGGUAUUGAUUCUAAUCCUCACCUUCAUCCUUCUAGUCCUUAUUAUGUUCAUCCAGCAGACAAUCCUACAACUAUUCUUUAUCAACCCGUUCUCACAAGUGAAAACUAUGCCACUUGGGUUCGUGGUUUUCGUAAGGCCUUAAGUGCCAAGGCCAAGCUUGGUUACAUCGAUGGCACAAUUGUUAAGCCAGAAAUUUCAGCCGAUAUACCGUACUAG